UUAAUUUUGUAAGUAUUAAACUUUCUCUAGGAUUAGAACAACUAGUUUGGGAAAAUAAGAAUGAAAUCCAGAAAUUAUAUGAAGAUUUGAACAAAUUAAGAAUGCAAGUAACGAACCUUGAGAUGGAUAGGAAAUGAGAGAGUCCAUGACCAAGGCUUAAUCAGAAUAAAAUAAGAGCACUAAGCUUCUCACCAGCAUUCAAUAGUGUAAAUACGGAAAAAUAACGAAUGGAAGAGAUACUCAAGGCAUUUAGAAGGGGUUAUUGAACAACUUCUGCAAAAAAGAUUGGAGGCAAAGGGUAAAUACCUCUGGCUCUAUCAUCCUACUUCUUACGUCUGGAUACUUUCCAGAACUUAUUUCCUCAAUCUAAAAGCUAAAAAAUUUCAACCUCUUAUCAAUUCCAAAAUGGAUGUUUCUUACAACAAUAUUAGGAUAGACCAUGUGCGCAUUAAAGAGGGAAGGAAUUAUGAAGAUUUUCAAAAUCUUGAUGAAUUCCUGCUAGGAGAUACUCAUGAGCAAUCUAAUCAAAAGGAUAAUUCCUUCGAGAAUCAGGCCACAAACAAAAUGUUUGAAACCCAAGAAGCAAGAGGUGAAUUUGGAAGAACUGAAACCAUCAAGAGAAAGUCUGAGAGUCACAGGAAAAAGGAUCCCAGAUGUACACCCCUCUAGACACUAAAUUCAUCGAAGACUGGAUAAGAGUAAGCCUGGCUCUCUAACUCUGUUUCAGAAAUAAACGGGCUAGCUCGGGCAUGAUGAUUCAUAAGCAUCCGGUCAACCCUCUUCGUUGGGAAGAAGUCAAAGAGCAUCCGUGUGGAGAAGGCCAGAGACAAGGGAGCAAUCCUCUUCAGAGACAGCUGUGAUCCAGUUAAGAUAAUUAUUUAGGGAAGAAAAUAGCAAGGAAAAUUACUCUGAUGAAUACUCUGGGUUUGAAGAAAGCGACCAUGAUAAGGUAUUUAGAAGCGGUUGGGCGGAGCAAUUUUAGGGGUGUUUGAGCAGAAGGAGUGUUGAUGGAACUUAAAUCGGUUUUGGAUGAUUAAAAAUGCAAUAGGCAACUUAUAUUACUGUAUAGAUAAAAUUCUACUCCCGAGCUCCUCUCUGUCAUCAUUUCUAUAUAUACUACUCCUAUUCAUCCUCGCCCUCUCAUUUCAUCUUUACAGAACUCUAAUUCUUCAAAAUUCCUCAAACCUCCCAAAGAUGUUUUAAAAGCUCCAACAAAUAAAGCACAAGAAAUAAGAAAGCUAAGUUCCAAAGAAAAAUAUUACGAGCUUAUGAAAAGAAUUCAGAGGUAUUUUCUAAUUAGAACAUCAUAUAUAUUCUACAUAUUUCUUAACUAUCCCUUAAAACACCGACCCUCACUUUAUAAAACUUCUGGCUUAGUAAUCCACUCUAGGAUAUAUCCCCUACUUUCCCUCAAAACCCCCCUAAACCUCCAUUCCCUGUACUCCCUUCUUCCUCCUCAGCCCCUCUUCCCAACCUAAAAUCCCUUUUCCACUAAAAUCUCAAAAUCUCCACUCGUUCCUUAAAUUUCCUAUUUUCCCACUUUUUCUCUAAAUUCUUACUAAAAUUACCAAAAAUCUUAAUUUUACGUACAAAUUUUCAAAACCUAAAC